AAGUGAUAGACUCUGGUCUUGUAUUCGGUCGAUUCGACAUGUGAUUGUGUUCUUCAGUCUUCAGAGAUCAGACUUCAGUUGGCGUUGGGCUGCUCGUAACUUGAACAAACAACAAAAGACGUUUACUUCUAGAAACGGCAGAGUUUUGAGGAGGGCGUUUUUUAUACAGAUUCCAAACACAACAGAGUUUAUGGGUAAGAUGCUGUUUUUCAAGCCGUCAAGCAAAUUACUAAUAUAGAGUACCUUCCGUGAGCAACUUUCAGACAAGAAAAAAAUCCUGACUUUUGGAAAUAUAUGAGAUCCCUGUCGUUCCUGGAUCCUUAUUAAUUGGAGAGAAAGAUAGUCACUUUCUUCUUAUUUACCACUGAUUGUUAAAUCUUCCAAAUGUGCCCGUACUGAUCUGACUCAGAGUUGUGAACGAUUAUAAAUUAAGACUUGGAUGAAAUUGGAAAUCGUACUUCAAUUUUACAGUGAAUCGGUUUCAGUUUUAAAUGGAAUCAUAUUAGGACGCCCUUGGUGGUUGGCAGAAGGCGUUGCUGGUCUUGACAGCGUGCGGUUUUCGGAGUAAGUUCUGGAUAACACUUGGGAUCAGUUCCUGCUGUGAGAGUGAAGGGAGGAACGUGUAACUGGUCUUCAAGUGGCGGACUUUGUUACCGUCAUGCAAAAUACGCUGGUGCACGAUUCCAUUCUCCUGGUCUGAAGGGAAGAAAAAGGGAGAGAGAGAGAGCGAGAGAGAAACGUAGAUGACGAUCUCAAACCCUCCCGUAAGUGGGUCGUAAAAUUCUGCAAAUCUGAGUACGUAAAGAUCAGAAGUGAUAGUAGUGAUUUUAUGAUUUAAGCGAGUUGCUAGGCAGAGACGCCAACGCGUAUAGCAAUUCGAGCAGUGCGUUCAUUAAAUUAAGUGAAUACGACGUCUGAGUUUACAGCGAAGAGAUAUCGGUCUCAAGAGACUUUCACUGCUCUGAAUAACUGACGUUCCGAGCAAAUCAACGCAAAGAAACUGUGAUUUAGUGGAUUAGUUAAGACAAAAGGAUAAAUCUAGUGUCAUCUGAAACUUCAUUACAACAUAAACCUGCCACAUAGCCCGGCCGAGUCCAAACUUCAGCCGCAACGAUGAUGAUGAACGAGACGGUGCCGUUGUCAACGACAAUGUUGCCGCACUAUGAGUCACCGCUACCGGCUCUUUAUGAGCCACAGGCUCAACCCCCAAAACCCAGACUCAUGUUCAAGAUGCCCAGGGUCGUACCGGACCAAAAGGGGAAAUUCGAGUCAGACGAACUCUUCAGGAGACUGGCCAGAGAGACAGAGCAGGUGCGGUAUACGGGCUAUCGAGACAGACCCUCGGAAGAAAGAAGACAGAAGUUCCAGAGCCAAUGCAGGGACGGAUACACUGAAAUAGCCUUCAUAAACACUGGUACCAACUUACAGUUGUCUUUCACACCUGCCCCGGGAGGCUAUUCUGCAGAUGUCGACUUCAAUAAAGAACCAGGAAAGGUGCAUAUCAAGUCUCACUUCAUCAUGAACGGCGUCUGCGUUAGGUGGAAAGGUUACCUCGACCUAGAGAGGCUGGACGGUGUUGGGUGCCUCGAGUACGACGAAGAUUCGGCCCGCAUAGAAGACGCCAUUUUGAGAGAGGAGCUGGACAAAUACAAGGCUAAACUUCGGGAAUUCGAGGACAAGCAAAGACCCUUCAAAGUAAACAUGCAUCAGGCGCCAAAUGAAGUCUUCAGAAUGUUUGACCCGAUGAUAUGAGCACAGCGGGGACGGAGAGAAGUUCAACAACCCAAUAAAGGACGCCGAAAUCGCACCACGAGAUGAACAAGCCCUCAUUUGCAUCUUUACUAUUCUUGUAUCAAGAUAUUCAGACUGUGCUGCGAUACUUUUAAGUUUUUACUCAACUGCUUAUUAGUCUUGGUAAACAACGUUCCGUGUGGUUCUUUUAUCUAAUCUUCAAAAGUUGAUGGUGUUACUUCCGAGUAAAAAACUAACAUUAUCACGAAAUUCCACACACGGUAUAAUUAUACAUACAUACAUACACAAACACACAUAUAUAUAAUGUAUAUAUAUUUGUGUGUGACGCAUAUAGAUAUUUAAAAUCCCUUCAGAAAAAAAUAAAACACAAAAAAUCAGUCUAACUAGUUUCGCUCCCUUCAGA